CUGACACGAUGCGGAGGCUCCUUCUCCCAGGGUCCUCAGUGUCCUCGCUGCCGCCGUAAUGGCGUGCAGGAGAGGCUGCUGCUGCGGUGUGGUGAACGAGGAUAACGCGCGGUUUCUGACGCUGGCGGUGCUGAUCGUGCUGUAUCUGCUGUGCGGCGCUGCGGUGUUCUCUGCGUUGGAGCAGCCGAAGGAGCUACAGGCAAACGAGCAGUGGGCGCAGCGCUUCGAGAGAUUCACCCAGAAGCACAGCCUUAACCGGACCGACUUGGAGACAUUUCUCCGGUUCUAUGAGGAGGCGAACAUCGCCGGUAUCCGUGUGGAUACACUGAGACCGCGCUGGGAUUUUACCGGCGCCUUUUACUUUGUUGGGACCGUGGUGUCGACCAUAGGAUUUGGCAUGACCACCCCGACCACGGUCAGUGGCAAAGUCUUCCUCAUCUUCUAUGGCCUGAUCGGCUGCGCCUCCACCAUCCUAUUCUUCAACCUCUUCCUGGAGCGCAUCAUCACCGUGCUCGCCUUCGUGCUCAAGUCAUGCCACGAUCUGAAGCGCCGGCGCCAGGGCGUCAUGCCCCACGAUGGCCCCAGGGGGGCGCCACCGCCAGGACCCAGAGAUAGAGGCAGGGACAGUCUGGCUGGAUGGAAGCCUUCUGUGUACUACGUGAUGCUGAUUCUUUGUGUAGCUGCUGUGGUGAUAUCCUGCUGUGCCUCGGCCAUGUAUUCAGCGGUGGAGGGGUGGGGCUAUCUGGACUCGCUGUACUUCUGUUUUGUGGCGUUCAGCACCAUCGGGUUCGGGGACAUGGUAAGCAGUCAGAGAGUUACGUACGAAGGGAACCAGACAGCCUACAGACUGGGGAACUUCCUGUUUAUAUUGAUGGGUGUCUGCUGUAUCUACUCGCUGUUCAACGUCAUAUCCAUUGUCAUCAAGCAGCAGACACUCAACUGGCUGCUGAGAAAGCUGGACAUCUUCUCCUACCGAGGUUGCUGCCACUGCUGCCCCGCCGGGAUCGCGAAGAGAUUGCCCCCGCGCCGGAAUGCCGUGAUGCCCAGCGGCACUGGACAUGGACACUCUCCGGCGCAGCGGACUGUCUCUAUAGAAACGGACGCGUUGAACGAGAGUGAGACGGACGGAGGACGGCGGAUGUCAGGGGAGAUGAUCUCCAUUAGGGACUUCCUGGCAGCCAAUAAGGUGAACCUGGACCUGAUGCAGAAGCAGCUGUCGGAGGCAGCAACCAAUGGGAUCCCUCGGCCUUCCGUCUCCAACCAAAACAGACAGAAUGGUUUCUCUGGGGGAGUAGGGGCACUGGGCAUCAUGAACAACAGGCUGGCUGAGACCAGUGUGGAUAGAUGACUGAAUAUUACAGUCAUUAUGUAGGCUUACUGCACACCAUACAGAGAAUGAUCAAAACAGAUACUACAUCUCUCAAAACCAUGUGAUUCGAGAGACAAAGUGGACAGCAGUCACUGAAGGAGGGAUUCCCAAGAACUGGUUUGGGUCGGGUCCAAAAGUUUUACAUAGGUCACAGUUGGAAAAGGUUUUGGAAUGGAACCAUUUUCUGUAGCCCAUUGAACGUGGUCCAUAGAGACACUGUACACUGUAGGGAAAACAACUACAAUGAGAAUAUCAGAAAACAUCCUAUGGAGCCUCAAAGAGCAGACCUCAUCAGAGCUUUUACAUAGCGUUAGAAUGACUAAUCGUUUGUCAGCAAUGUGUGGCACUCUUCGUUAUGCAUGGCAGCCAUUUUGUCCCAGAAUGUUCAGUGACCGUGACACAUCAGCCAUUGUGGUGGAGAUGUUAGGGGUUAUGACGCCAAACGGUCUUGUCCACGAUCAUGUAUGCCUUUCCCUUAUUGACACGUGUACAGUAUUUGUUAUUGACAGCUAUGGUGUUGUUUUGUAGGAGACAGAUCAUGCUUUUAUGCUUGAAUAGGUGAUCAGAAAUUGAAAUCAAUUGUCAAAUUCAUAAAGAUCUUGAUUGAGGAACUCCCCUUCACUCUGCCUUAAAAAAAAUCAUCAAGAUAUCACACUAUAUUGUAAAUACUGUUCCAAAAAUGUUAUAAACUACAAGGAAAACACUGUACUGAUACAUUUGAUUGAUUCUAAAAGUGCUAGCUGUCAUUUAUCUGUAACAGAGUAGUACUUCUUCCUCUCUUUGGUUUUUAAGAAAAAGAAAAAUUGAAAGAAGAUUGAAAUCUAUUACUUGAAAUUGCACAUACUAAUUUCAAACUUACCCUGCACCCCUUUUAAUAGAGUUAAAAAGGAGACAUUUGCAAUGUUUCAGGAAAAACUGAAAUCAAUUAAAGUAUGCAGGAAUGAAUACAAUUUACUUAUCAAUUCUGUUCAUAUCUCAGCGCUUCACUUCUCGUCUUUUGAAGGUAGAACUUAAUGUACAUGUGGCUCUGAAUUGCUAAUCGGACAGCUGUUGUUUGUAGCUGGAUACCUGAUGUAUGUGUGGGUGGUCUGGAACAUGGAGUCACCACACACCUGAAUAAUGGAUGAUGCAGGACAUCAAAAGACCUUUUCUUUUUUUAUUUUCCGCUCUCCCAUUGAUCUUCUUCGAAUUUCUGUCGGGGAAGUUUGACACUUUAAAUCAGGGGACUCCCGAGUCACGACAACGCAGGGUUGAGUGCAGGGUUUGGAGCCUUGUUUUACAUAAAAAGCAACCUCAGAAGGCGUUUAUAAUAUCGUCUUCCCAUCUCUCUCUCUGUUACAGUCCCUGUGCGCUACUUGAAUCGAUGCAAGAAAUCCCUAACAGUGUGUUGAAAACAAUGUGAACAGAGCAAUGUGUUAGGAUUUUAUGAGAAUGAAAGGGAUUGUAUAAACAAUGUGGAGAUAGACAUUUGUAUUGACUGGCUCUUUGCGUGUUUCAACGUCAAUUUUAGGUUAGGAUCAUAUUGCACAACAUGUCAGCAGUGUAGGACUCUUUUCUAGAGGGGCUUGCAUCCUUCUGGCAAUGCAUUAUCAUCUGCCACUGCUAUAAUUAAAGGUUUCUAUUAUUAUAUAUUAUGUCACAGGACAUUGUUUCUUACGAUUGGUCAGUUGGCACUUCACUGGAGGCAGAGAAAAACAUUGAACAGGCUUAUGUUGCCCCUGUCAAACAAUUCACUCUACUAAUACACAAAGAUUAAUGCUUUAAAAUGUAUCAGAACCAAAUUAACACCAGGGAUAAACUGUUUCUUUCAAGCCCUCAAACUUCUCAAAGAUGUUUGUGUGGAAAAAGUGUAUUUUCUCAACAGGAUAGACCCGAGUGAAAGCGGCUGGUACAUACAGUACCAGCCAAAAGUUUU